AUGGCACUCUGCGAAGAUGCUUUUCAAGACAACACGGAUAUAACAAGUUUUGUAUACGAAGGAACCGAUAAACUAGUCAUUGGAAAAAAUGCCUUCAAAGGUGUGACCAAGAUUGUAUCAUUAACUGCAAACUCUGGUAUUCAGUCGUUGGGAACUAGUGCUUUUGAGGGAGACGUAGCUUUGACCAAAAUAGAUUUAACUGGAUUGGCAGAAAUACCAGAAUCUGCUUUCAAAGGAUGUUCGAAACUCGCCGAUGUGACAGGAACAGAAAACGUCGCUACUGUCCAGAAAGACGCUUUCAAUGGGUGUGUGAAACUUCUGUCAGUCAAUUUUUAUGCGCCACUAACAAAACUUCUCGAUUCACUUGCAUCACAAAACAAUCUCUUUUUUCACGGAACAGUUCAACCAACUACUCUCCCAGAUCCUACAACUCCAAUCAAUAAUAAAUUGAAGGUUUUUGUGACUGAUUCAUAUACAGCUGGAACCUUUGGGGGUCUUAUUGCACUUAAAGCUAAUUGCACCACACUUCAAUGUGUUGAUAUAACUACGAAAAUUCCAGAUGAAAACCCACCUCAACCAGCUGCUAAUAUGGAAAAAGCUCUUAAAUGUGUUGAUUGCGAUUCAAAGAAAAUGAGUGUUGAUGGUAACAAUUAUUACUGUGAAAUUGAUAUGACCGAGUGCAUUAAAACACAUGCCGAUUGCAGAAUUUGCACAAAAGGAAAAUGCAAAAAAUGUGUCACAAGU